AUGAUGGAGUGGACUUUUGGAAUCACCGACAGCGGCCCAAAGGCCUGGCGACAGCGAGAGCCUUUUUGGGAAGAUGAGCAGUUGACGGCGACCAGCAAAAACACUUACCACCAAGUGAUGCAAAAGCUGUGCGAGACGGCUCUUGCAAAAAGGCGAGAGGGCGGAGAUUCUCUCAUUAACAGUCAUUUGUGGAAAAUAGAAGUUGGCAGCCAACGUGAAUGGAUGAAGCCUCCCAAGCCGCAUUACUUGGCUGCUAUGGAAGGAAUGUUGUCCGAGUCGGACGCCUCGGAUGAUGAAGACGAUGAAGAGGAAAACAAUUACCGGGGAAUUACCACCAUCAUGGCGAACGAAGAGAUCCAGCGGCGGCGGCUGAUCGAUGAGGAAAUUGGCGAAGAGCACUGCUAUCUUUCAUCCAAUUCUAGGUUGUCCAACAGAUUUCUGCAAAAAGGGCUCAUCAUUAAGGUAACCUACGACUUUGGACAUACCACCACCAUCUACCUCAAGGUGCUCUCUGUGCUUCCCAAAGUAGUCAAUAAUCUCUUGAAGCACUUUGAUGCCGAGAAGGAUGCCCAAGGGCAGCUCAAGGACUUGCAAAAAGUCCCAGCUCACAAAUGGCCCAAGGACCAACAGAUAGAUGCCUUCUUUCCAAACUAUUCAAAAGCAUUCCUGGGCGAGUAUCAGCCGCUUUUUUUGAGACCAAACGGUAAUGCAGACGGCCAGUGCCGAGCACAGAGGCUUAUUGGAAGCGCCAGUCUCGGAUUGUCCGCCAAAAUUCGAUCGGAAAAGGAUGUCAUCUUUGCCAACAUGGAAGAUGCAACAUGUUCCAAUGAUUUAAUGUUUGCUCCUAUGCAUUUCAGAGACAUGAAUGAGUUCAUGGUGGUUGCCGAACAAUCCUGGACGCCCCGUGAUCCUGAUAAUGAUCCAGACAAUCUCAAACGUUAUCGGUACAAUGGCGUUUCACGCUACCUCCUGCCCAAGACUUCUGACGCGGAUGAAGCGGAAGAGGCGCUAAAACCACCUGAAGACGACGAUAACGAAUGGGCCGCACACGCAUCCAAACGCCUCCUGUAUCGGCUUUCCAAUGGUGAAAAACAAGAGGACAAGACUAGUAAGUUUGACUUUGUCGAGGCCUUCCCCAAAACCGCUGCACAGUUUGCAAGUGGCAAAUUCCGCUGGAUACAAUACAAGAAGGGUAUUUUGCGGGUGCUGGUAGGAAGAGGCACCGGAGAGUUCUUUCGUGACUAUAUAUCCGGUCAGGUACUGAGGAAGUGGACUCAAGACUUUGCCAGUUUUCAUGAGUUGCUUUGUGCUGUUGAGGCAAGUUGGAUCUAUUGCAAACAACCUCUCACUUCCAGCAUCGAGCUGGCCUACUUCGACGCGGACCUUGGGCCUUCGAAUCCAGGACCGAAGGAACCUCCGAGUUAUGGCAAAACUAAGGACACAGUGCCCAUUUGCCGUCGCCGCGACAGGAAGCAACUGGUGACAGCAAUGGCUGUUGUAGAAGAAGCUGGUGGCAUGGCCGUCUUGUACGCAGGAACCCACGACGGUACACUCACAAAGUGGUCGUUGGAGAACAACACGAUUAUCUGGAUCAAGUCAAUCUACCAGCAGGACGCAGAAGAUGACGACGACGGCACUGACGUGACUUAUGGCAUCAAAUCAACCUUUGGUGUUGCUGGAAUCGCGGUCCGAUGGGAUGAGCGCAGGAGCAGGCAUCGCAUCUACACGUGGACCCACGCCCACGAGGGAUACCCCUCCGAAGACUAUGCCGACCGUGAGCCGUCAAGAGUCAAAUGCUGGCGAGGCGAUGAUGCAAGCUUCAUUCAAGAAUAUGUGUGUGACGUCGGAGAUGACGACGAAGGCAAUGCGGCCAAUCCGUCGAUUGCCACAGUUGUGUUCUGUCGCCUUUGGAUCAAGAAUCAGUGGCGGCACUCGAUGGUCGUUGGCCUCCAUUGCAUUUGCGAUCGUGUCCUGGAGUAUGACGAAGACUGUAGCGACUUUGAUCUGGAGGCGGCAUCUGAGAUCGGAGAAGGAAACAUUCUGCCCUUCUAUGAAUUUAGAAACAAUCAUGCCAUGGAAUCUUGGAGAGGACAUUUUGGCAUUAUCCGAGCGAUGGCUGUCGUCCCUGACAAGUACCUGCUUAGUUACUCGAUGCGACCGGGCCAUGGGUUGCCAGACGCCAUGAUUUUGUGGGACCUCCAAGACCCCGGGGUUCCCCUACGCCGCCACGACUUUUGGAAUCCGAGGCGCAGCUUGUUUAAACAAAACCAAACACGUCUUCACGAGGUCUGUGGAAUUAGUGUUUCUGGGACUGAUGUUCUACUCUGCUGUGAGUACGGAGAUCGUCUCUCUGUUUUCACAGUCGAAGACGAAGACGGAGACCCAUGCAUUGAGCUUCACGGCUACGCCAAUAUUGGCAACCGCCACUCUGAGAGUGACUUUCAUGGUCGCAUGGCAAUGUCUGGGAAGCAUGCAGUCAUUGCCAAUGAAGGUAGCGUCGAAGCUUGGCUUUUUCAAAUUGAAGGAAACUCAAAACAUGAGAAGCUAGACAAGAGAGAAGGCAACCGCCGCAACUUUCAAUUCAGCGGAUGCGAAGAGGACGUGGAUGAAGAGGGCACGAAUCAUACGUUUUCGGGAAGACAUUUGGCAAUUGGAAAGGUCUCGUUCCUAAAGUUUGGAGGGGAAGCCCCGAAGAGGAAGAAGCAGAAGUUAUUCGGAAUGAAUUCCCACAACAUGAGCGACUUCCUGAGUACCGCUAGCGAACAUUUGGGGAGUGGUGGGCCAAUAGCACUUGCCAUUCAUGGCAAGUGGCUCGUGGCAGGCUUCAUCAACGGAACAAUUGCUAGGUCGCCCCUUCUUCCGAUUCCUUUCGCCAAGGAAGAGGAAGGUUCCAUGCAUGCCAAUGAACUUGCGUGUUGUUCUUCCCUGCCAAGCGACGAGUGGCACCAUCCAGUUCUGGCAUGCGAGGAGGAUUGA